AUGCAGAUGGAACCAAAACCUAUCUCCGAAGAUGUUCUUAAAUUACUCUACGCGCUUUUUAUUUCAAAUUGUCCACAUCUUACAAAAAAUGACUGGAACUCCGGCUCCAUACGUAUAUUUACCGAACUCGAACUUGCUCACUGGCAUUAUCUCGAUAAUUAUGUCAACGAUAUGACAGAAUUUGGUGUUGACAUGUUUGGAAUGUGCAAAGCAAUAUUUGAAAGUUUUCCUAAACUUGUUCCCAAUGGAGUUGAUUGGAUUCAAAAGUAUAAACUUUGGAAAGCAAGCCGUGUGUCUGCGCACACGGCAGGUGCAGUUAUAAUCGAUGAGGAUUUUGAAAUGGUCCUUCUUGUUCAGGGUUUUAAUAGCAAAAGAUGGACAUUUCCCAGUGGAAAAGUAGCUGAAAAAGAAACUCUUCGAGCCUGUGCUGUUCGGGAAGUCAUGGAGGAGGUUGGCCUGGAUAUUGAACACAGGAUAGUUGAUAACUUGUUUAUGGACGUAUUUGUUGGUGAUACACGACAUCGUGUCUAUAUUGUGGAGGGUUUUCCAAAGAUAAGAAAUCUACGACCCUCAACUAAGAAUGAAAUUGAGGUUAUAACCUGGUUUAGCCUUUCCCAAUUGAAUAUGGAUAUUACGAGUUCCAAUUCGAAGUGCUCAGAAUUCCUUCUUGUUGCGCCCUUUAUUUUAUCCCUGCAACAAUAUGUCCAUCAUCGGAAGUCAGGUUCGCCUCCAAUACAAGCGCUGAAAUGUAGUUGGAAAUCCAAGAAUCGACGACAAAACCAAUCUAACCAACCCUUACUUUCAAAUGCGUCGGCUUUCUCACCUUAUGUUGGUCAAAAUCAACCUUACCGCACGCAGUCCACUGAUCGCACUGGUCCUAAAAGCUCCAAACGUAGAACUCAAUCUCAUGCUGUGCAAUCUCGGCCAAAUCAACCAGGACAGAAUCGUGCCCAACAAAGGAGCAUUUUGAAAGUCGACCCCUCCAAAAAUUCGAGUAGUAUUUUCGGUGGACAAGUUUCUAUCAACGCCGACGUUCUUAUUAACAUCAUAAAAAACUACGCUUGA